GUGUGCUGUAAGACGACUCACUCUCUCCGUAACCUUCAUGAACUUGGAUUAUUUUAUUUCUUUAUCCUUUUUCAGUUUUUCAGGGUGAAGAGAAAUGUGUCUCAUCAGGAGUCUGAUCCUGAAGAACCUGGACGAGCUGAAGCAGGAUGACUUUGAGAGAUUUAAGACGUCCCUGACACGUACCAUUGUAAAGGGUUUUGAACUCAUUCCCUGCAGUAAACUGGAGAAAGCUAACCAGAUUAAUGUAGUGGACCUGAUGGUGAGCCAGUAUGGACCAGCAGAAACUGUCGACAUCACUGUAAAGGUUCUGAGAGACAUAGGACAGAAUCACCUCGCCAUGGACCUGGAGGAGAAACUGAAGGACAAAGACCAGACAGGUGGUGUGGAUGGUGAAUCUUCCUCAUCUUCUUCCUCUCAGGCUGCUGGAGUCUCACUGACCAUCUCAGCUGAUAGGACAAGCAACAUCCAAGCUCUGGUUCUUUCUGGAGUAAAUUAUAAUGGUCCGGUGACUAUGAACUUCAACAGUCCGAAGUUGAACCUGCACCACUCUGUCUCUUCACUGUUGUCCCCCAGGACUAAACAGUGUCUGCAGGGUCGGGCACGUUGUGUUUUAGAAAUGUCUCUCAUCAGCAGACUGAUCCUGAAGAACCUGGACGAGCUGAAGCAGGAUGACUUUGAGAGAUUUAAAUUGUCCCUGACACGUACCAUGGCGGAUGGUUUUGAACCCAUUCCCUGCAGUAAACUGGAGAAAGCUAACCAGAUUAAUGUAGUGGACCUGAUGGUGAACCAGUAUAGACCAGCAAAAGCUGCCGACAUCACUGUAAAGGUUCUGAGAGACAUAGGACAGAAUCACCUCUCCAUGGACCUGGAGGAGAAACUGAAGGAAAAAGUCCAGACAGGAGGUGUGGAUAGUGAAUCUUCCUCUUCCUCUUCCUCUUCCUCUCAGGCUGCUGGAGUCUCAAUGACCAUCUCAGCUGAUGGGGCAAGCAACAUCCAAGCUCCGUUUUUUUCUGGAGUAAAUUGUCAUGGUCCGGUGACUAUGAACUUCAACAGUCCGAAGUGAAAAGCGUCAUCUUACAUAUUUGGAGUCGGCUUCAUUCAGGAAAAAAAAGAAUAAAAUAAAAACAAACAAACAGAUUAUUAAGUGUAAAUGUGAACUGACCCAAAAAUACACGAGAAAUUCCAUUUUAUAUUUGUAAUAUGAGUACCAUAGUUUGUUAGUGCAGAUGUACAGUAUGUAGAUCGGUUUUUACGGGUUUAUUUAUUUUUAUUGCCAUUUGACAUUUCAUUUAAAUUUAUGGCAAGAAUUAGAUAAAUUACAACCUGAUGCUACCUCACAAACAGCACAUGAACUCAAACUACUGUAACAUCCUGCUUUUAACACUGUGUGGCAUGUUAAAUAAAAAUACUGUAGCAAAUGUUCAAUAAAUUUAUUUUUUUUAUUAUUUUAAUAUU